UGUUCGUUCUCCCCUCCUCCCGAGGCUCCGGGUGAGAAACGGGGGAGACGCGCGGGGCGGAGCUUGUGGAGGAAGAUGGCUGCCGCCCGGGGGUUGUCCCUAACGGCUGCGACGCAGAGAGCGGUCACUCCCUGGCCGAGGGGCAGGCUCCUCGCGGCCUCCCUGGGACUCCAGGCGCGUCGGGAAGCGUCGUCCUCCAGCCCCGAGGCCGGCGAAGGGCGGAUCCGCCUCACGGACAGCUGCGUCCAGAGGCUUCUGGAAAUCACCGAGGGGUCAGAGUUCCUCAGGCUGCAGGUGGAGGGAGGUGGAUGCUCCGGAUUCCAAUACAAAUUUUCACUGGAUACAGUUAUCAACCCCGACGACAGGCAAGGAGGAAAGGAUGGGUUCCCAAAGGAGGGUAUUUGAACAGGGUGGGGCAAGAGUGGUGGUUGACUCUGAUAGCUUGGCCUUCGUGAAAGGGGCCCAGGUGGACUUCAGCCAAGAACUGAUCCGAAGCUCAUUUCAAGUGUUGAACAAUCCUCAAGCACAGCAAGGCUGCUCCUGUGGGUCUUCCUUCUCUAUCAAACUUUGAUGCGAUGACUGGUGACUCUGAGAUUGUCACCAGUUGUACCAAUUUGAAGAACCUGGAAUUAGUAGAAUUCUAGAGGUUUCCUUCUAAUCAUGUCCCUCUCAAUGUUAUUUCCCACAGUCCAGGAGUGUUGUGUUUUGCCACUGUUAUUUUCAGAACGUGAAGAUUUUUCUCUUGGCUUAAUUUUUCCCUCCAACUCCCCUCAGUGCUAAGGCUGAGCCUCCAGAUGCUGUUACCUCAGAUUUAAUCACUGGUUGAAACUCAGUAUAAUCUGUAGAGCUUCCAUGGCUCUAAAAUUUGGAAUUAACUUCUCUGGCCUUAAGAGCUGCUUGUAUAUAUGUGGAUAGCUAUGUAUAAAAGUUUCAUUUUAAAGAAAGUUCUUACUGUGUUGUGGAUCAGGGUCACAGGUUGGGUAGCUUGGACACCGUUAUUAGAGGAUGAGAAAAGUAAAUGAAAUGUUCUCUUUUUCAUUUCACCCUGCCAGUAUGUGCCACUUUUCUUUGUUGUCUAUGCAGCCCGUUCGCCACUUCCUAUUUGAUGGGACAGAUACAUUUUAGUCUCGUACUCGUGGAUCUGCUAGGAGUCAUAAAACCAAGAGCCCAUUGCCCAGAAAACUUGGACCAAGCCCUCACUGAUACUGAAUUGUUUCAAAAAUAGCCUCCCUACUCAUAGAGACAUUUUAAGAUUCUGUGACAAUUUAAUGACUGAAUCUUUUUAGGAUAUGUUGCUUCACCUGCCUUCUGUUGUAAAAUGGCUCUGGUCUCAUGCACAGCAGGAAGUGAUCCCUUUACUGUUACAGGUAAUAGAUUCUUAGGAACCUUUUUUUAGAUUGGAUUGCCAGAUGAAAUGUAGGAUGCCUGGUUAAAUUUGAAUUUCAGGUAAUUAAUUUUUUAGUAUGCCUAUGUCUCAAAUAUUGCAUAUACUAAAAAUUAUUAUUUGAAAUUCAAAAUUAGGCAUCCUGUAUUUUUAUUUGCUGACCUUGGUAACUCUAGGGUCACCAAACAGCUUUUAAAAUCACAAAUUCUAGUGAAUUAAAGUACUCGUGUAAGUGUGGCACUUAAAUAGGCUUUGGAGCUUGAAAUAAUCCUAUUACAGUGCUACGGAGCUGUGUGGACAGUGAAAGAAAAAAAAUCCAUCACCAUCACCACACCAAAUGAUUUAUUAAUACUGAUGUUGGAGAAACUACAACCAAGUUGAUUCUGGAAGAGUUACUGGUUAAAUCCAUCUUUUGCUUGGGAGCCUAGAAGUUUGUUACAGCAAAGACUUGCAUUUCUGCACUGGAUUGGCAUUAAGGUCAUUUAGUAAGAAUUUACUGUUUAAAAAAACGGAAAUAGAGUUUAGAAAAUAUCUGAGACAGAAACUUAGAUACAUUUCCAACAUGGCAAAACCUAGGAGUUAGAGAAAACAAACCUAUCAUGCAGUUAGAGGAGAGACACUCAGAAACCUGAGUACAUUUCUUAGAGCCGAUGGAAGGAGGCAGAAAGCAGCAUACCAUGGGAGCAUCUGUGUGCACACAUGACCAAAACAGUGCUGCCAGUACCUGCGUCUGAUAGGGUUUCAGUUUGGACUACCUGUCCUUUCAUCCUCCUUAAAAAGAUUUUGCUACAUUUUAAACAUUAGAAUCUAUUCUCUAAGAAUA